AUGUCGUGGAAGAUUGCAGCGCUAUUUAUCUGCCUUGUAGUAGUGGUGACUUCACAAUAUCAUGAAGAGAAAUAUGAUGACGAGAAGGGUCCUGUUCACUAUGAAUUCAGUUAUAGCGUAAAAGAUCCCAAAACAAAAGACAUAAAAAGCCAAAAGGAAUCUCGAAAGGAUGACAAAGUCGAAGGUUAUUAUGAAUUGUUAGAUUCUGAUGGACACCAACGUAUCGUUCAUUACAAGUCCGAUAAGAAGACUGGCUUUGAAGCUAUAGUGGAGCGAAAACCAACCAAUAUCAAAGUUCCGAUUCCAGUGAUUAAAUACAUAGACCAACACGAUGAUCUCGAUCAAAAGAAAUACUACUACAACUAG